AUGUCCAGCCCCCAAACACAGCAAAUCAUCGCCGGCCUCGACGCCAUCACGCCCGAGGCAUUCGGCGGCAAUGAAGUCGAGCGCCUGCAGGUUCGUGCCGCGGCGCGGAGACUCCUCGCGCGACUUGAGAGUCCGUACGAGCGCGCGUGGGGGUUCUGCUUCGAACACCCCGUUGUUUUUGCCGCGCUGCAGACGUGCAUUGAUCUUGGGCUCUGGAAGGCGUGGACGGAUGCAGGCGGUGGUGAGAAGAGUCUGCAUGAGCUGGUGGGGUUGACGAGUCCAACCGUUGAGACGAACCUGCUGCGCCGCUUCUUCCGCCUCCUCGCCGCCUUCAACGUAGUCGAAGAAACCGGCGUCGACAGAUUCACGCCCACGCCGUUCUCAUUUGCAAUCGGCGACGAGAGCACCAAGGUCCGCGCCUCGCUUCAGGCCGCGACAAACCAGUACAUCGCCGCAGGGCACAACCUCCCCUCGUACCUCGCGAAAACCGCCUACAGAGAGCCCACGGACGCCAUAAGCAACAACUACACCGACUCAGACCCCGAACACCUCAACUUCUUCACCCGCCUGCAGAAGAGUCCCAGCCACUACGAGGCGUUCACGGGGCACAUGGAAGCGUGGACGGCGUGGAAAACGCCGUGGACGAGGGUGUACGAUACGGGUAAACUGCUGCAGGGCGCGAAUCUAGAUGCCGCGCCCUUCGUCGUCGAUGUAGGCGGGAACACGGGCAUCGAUAUCGGGCAUGUCCUGGCUAAACAUCCCGAUCUCCCUGCGGGCUCGUUAGUCCUGCAGGAUCUGCCGGAGAUCAUUGAAGUUGCGAAGGGCCAGGUUGAUGGGAAGAUCACGGCGAUGGUGCAUGAUUUCUUCAACGAGCAGCCGGUUACGGGAAGCCGCGCCUACUUCCUCCACGCGGUCCUGCACGACUGGCCCGACGACAAAGCCUCCCUCCUGCUAUCCAACACCCGCGCCGCCAUGGUCCCCGGCUACUCGAAGCUUAUUAUCUAUGAUAUCGUCCUUCCCCCGACGGGCGCGAGUAUCAGCCAGACGACGAUGGACGUCAAUAUGAUGGCGUUGCUGUCGGCGGCGGAGAGGACGCAGGGGGAUUGGGAGGGGUUGUUGACGAAGGCGGGGUUCAGGAUUGUCAGGUUUUGGCCGGAUCCGCAGGGGUAUGAGAUGGUUAUUGAGGCGGAGGUUGGGGUUGAUGGGGUUGGGGAGGGGAGGGGUGCGCAGGCGCAUUUGUGA